CAGCUCGCCUCGCCGUCAUAUCGUUCGAUCGAGAUGCUGCCCGUCCAGAUUGGCCAACUGGCCGAUGAUGGAGAUGAGGCAAACAAGGCGUGGACAGGGGAGAAGAGGCGCCGCAAGCACCUGCCCCCAUCAUCUUCCGAUGCUCCUGCCACUGCCCAAGACCAUGGAGAUCCAAUUUCUCAUGCCACAGACAUGGAGGACACCAUCCAAGGGGCCCAAGAUCAGAUUCCUCAUGCGACAGACAUGGAGCUGCUGCUCAGAACAGAUUCGGCACAAGAAGAAAGCUACGGGCCGGACUCCCUUAUCAGCGAGGAAGACCAUGGAGACAUGGAGGGCACCAUCCAAGGGUGCCAAGAUCCGAUUUCUCAUGCCACAGACAUGGAGGGCACCAUCCAAGGGUGCCAAGAUCCGAUUUCUCAUGACACAGACAUGGAGCUGCUGCCCAAAACAGAUUCAGCACAAGAAACAAGCCAGGAUUGCUUCGGGCCGGACUUCCUCAUCAGCGAGGAGGACGAAACCCGUUUUGCCCAACGUUUGCAUUCCAACAUUCCUAUUCCUCGUACUAACCUGCCACUUUAUAUUACAUGGGAGGAAGAAGACAAGAUAGAAGCGCGCCUUGCACGCCUUCGCAUCGCUUAUUACAAGCUUGUGAAUCCGGAGUGCGCAUGUGAGCUCAAGGAACCAGAAGAAUACACCGAUGAUGAACUUCUUAACGAGUCGUACUUUGAGAGGUUGGAGGAUGAUGAAAGUUUUGAGUGGUACAUCCAUCGUGAAGACACCUGCAACAUUGAAUUGAAUGACUACCAACGGAUUGUCCCUCGUAAUUUUCUAAGUGUACUGAGUGGAAACCUGUACUGCUAUCACGAUGAGUACCGCUCACGUUAUCAUACAUAUUUCCUGUUUCCCAGUUUUUUAUGUUUAUUCAAACUCUGGACUAGUCUAGCUGCUGAUUUUAAUGAGUGA